ACAAUAACCAAAUAAAGACUAUAGUUAAACGUAUCUUUAUCCAGCUCAAAGGUUAUAAUACAAUACCACAUAUAUAAAACCCUCAACGCAUAUCAAAAAUUGGCAAUCAAAUCAUUACCCUCAUUCAUUAUCUCGAAAAUCAUCUGGGGAACAGCUGGAGGCAUGGUCCGCAAUGUAAGAGAAUUCUUGGUCGGAAUGUCUGAUGCGGCCAAACAGAAGAAGAGACGACUCUACAUAGGCAUAUUUGCAUUUGUUGUUGUAGUAGCUGUUGUUAUCAGCAUUGCAGUGGGAGUGAGCAGCUCCCACGGCUCCGAUGGUUCUUCUGAUCACUCCCACAUUACUAGUUUUCGUGCCACAGCAGCUCAUCUAGUCCUAAAAAACUCAUGCAGCGCUACACUGUACCCGGAGUUGUGCUACUCAACAAUUGCCUCCGUCCCCGGCAUGUCCAAGAAGAUUACAAGCCAAAAAGAUGUGAUUGAGCAAGCACUUAACAUCACUCACCAAGUGGUUGAACAGACCUACUCCAGAAUUAAGAAGCUGUCCAUGCACAAACACUUAACCAAGAGAGAAAAAGUUGCGCUCAGCGACUGCUUAGAAUUGAUCGAUGAGACGCUAGACGAGCUACAUGAAACUUCGCAGGAGCUUGAAAAGUAUUCUACUAAAAAAUCGCUCAAACAACACGCAGAUGAUCUCAAAACAUUCAUCAGCUCAGCCAUAACGAACCAGGAAUCAUGCAUUGACGGCUUUUCUCACGACGGGGCGGAUAAAAAAGUACGGAAAGAAUUGCUUGCUAGCGAACACCGGGUGGAGAAAAUGUGCAGUAACGCACUGGCCAUGAUCUGUAACAUGACAAACACUGAUAUAGCUAACGAGGCAAAGCUAAAGGGAAGGAAUCUUAAAGAGGAGGGAUAUGAGUACAACGUGUGGCCUCACUGGCUGUCUGCAGGAGACAGGAGGCUACUGCAGUCUUCGACGGUGACACCGAACGUUGUGGUGGCUGCAGACGGAAGCGGAGACUUCAAGAGGGUAUCGGAUGCAGUAGCCGCGGCGCCAGAGGGUAGCAGCAAAAGAUAUGUGAUCAGGAUAAAAGCAGGGGUGUACAGGGAAAAUGUGGACGUGCCAAAGAAGAAGAAGAACAUAAUGUUUUUGGGUGACGGAAGAAGUAAUACUAUCAUUACAGCUAGUCAGAAUGUUCAAGAUGGCAGCACCACUUUCAAGUCGGCCACCGUCGCUGCAGUGGGGCCAGGAUUCUUGGCACGAGACAUAACAUUCCAGAACACAGCCGGACCAUCAAAGCAUCAAGCCGUGGCUCUCCGAGUCGGAUCAGACUUAUCUGCAUUCUACAAAUGCGACAUUUUGGCUUACCAAGACAGUCUCUACGUCCACUCCAAUCGCCAAUUUUUCAUCAAUUGCCUCAUAGCUGGAACUGUCGAUUUCAUCUUUGGCAAUGCGGCAGUUGUGCUACAAGAUUGUGAUAUUCAUGCUCGACUCCCAAACUCCGGUCAGAAAAACAUGGUGACUGCCCAAGGCCGAACUGAUCCGAAUCAAAAUACCGGUAUUGUUAUUCAGAAGUCUAGAAUUGGCGCUACUUCUGAUUUACAACCGAAGCAGAGCAGCUUUCCUACAUAUUUGGGACGGCCUUGGAAACAAUAUUCAAGAACGGUCGUUAUGCAAUCUUCCAUAACCAAUGUUAUCCACCCGGAUGGGUGGUUCCCUUGGGACGGAAACUUUGCACUGGACACAUUGUACUAUGCUGAGUACCGAAAUACUGGUGCAGGGGCUGCUACGUCUGGGAGGGUAAAAUGGAAGGGUUACAAAGUAAUAACAAGUGCGACCGAGGCUCAAGGCUUUACUCCAGGAAGUUUUAUUGCAGGUGGAAGUUGGCUCAGUUCGACUACCUUCCCAUUUUCUCUUGGUCUAUGAAAUCUUUUUUUUCUUUAGUAUCUUACUUUCAUAUAUAUUAUCCAUUCUAUGUACGUUCUUAUUUGAGCCAGAUAAAGUCUGCUGUGUGGCAUUGGACUACUGGUUCGUAUCUGUGUAACAUUCAUAUGUUUCGUCAAAGAAAUUGUUUAAGUAGUCA